AUGACCGACAUCAUGGAUUACAUGUUAGCUUCAGGCCUUCAGAAAAGUCCAAAAUGGUACAGAGCUGUCAUCUCCACCCUCUCUGAAAUGCUGGAGUCGCCGUCGCCACAUCCCUGUGAAAGGAAGGACAUCUUCAUUGAGUGCAUCUAUUGGUUAGUGAGGGAAAGGAUCAGUGAGAGCUAUGAGGUGUCCUCUCUUGAAGGACAGUUUUAUAUGGAUGCUUGGCAUUUUUAUUGUUGCCACUGGUAUGACUACAAGAAGAAUAUCUACAAGAAGAAUAUUUCCUUCCAGGAAUUGGCUGAGAUGAGUGAGACUAUGGUUGUUGAUUUCAUUGGCAAUGAUUCAGAUGAUGAGUGA